CAUAUUCGAAGUCUCAUAAGGUUGUCUCCUACCAAGGAAGGUAAGAGAUCGAUCGUGAUCUCGUGUGUGUGUGAGGAGAAGAUGAGUAACCAAGGUACUAGUCAGCUGGAGGAUGAAGUUGAUCAAUUGCCCGGAUUUCGAUUUCAUCCGACGGAUGAAGAACUCGUCGCGUUUUAUCUUCGCCGGAAAGUUGACAAGAAAACAAUCAGCAUGGAGCUCAUCAAACAGAUUGAUAUCUACAAACACGAUCCAUGGGAUCUUCCAAAAGCAAGUGGUAGCACUGUGAAAGACACAGAAUGGUACUUCUUUUGCAGAAGAGGAAGAAAGUAUAGGAACAGCAUAAGACCCAACAGAGUCACAGGGUCUGGAUUUUGGAAGGCAACCGGGAUUGACAAAUCAGUAUACUCAAUGGGAGGAGAAGGCCGCGAUUGCAUAGGACUCAAGAAGACAUUGGUAUACUACCGUGGAACUGCAGGGAAAGGCAGCAAAACUGAUUGGAUGAUGCAUGAAUUUCGCCUUCCUGCACCCAGUGACACCAACAACAACACCAACACUAACACCAAGCUUGACAAUGCUAAGAGUGCUGCCCAAGAAGCUGAAAUUUGGACUCUGUGUCGAAUUUUCAAGCGAAACUUGUCGCAUAGGAAGUACACACCAGACUGGAGAGAAUUAUCUACUAAACGCCAUGCUGACACAAGAUCUAAAGCAUGCAGUGGAGAGAGCUCCAACAAUCGAGAAAGUUAUAUUAACUUUGGUGCUCCAUUCAUAUUUCAAAAUGAGAAUUAUAAUGAGAUAAAGACUGUUAAUCAUAUUAAUAAUGAGAGCAACCAGCUGCAUGUAGGCCAGUUGAGCAGCUCGAUAGCUCAACCUCCACCAUCAUCCUCCAUAGCGCAACCUCCGUCAUCAUCCUCCAUAACUAAACUUCCAUCAUCCCCCUCAAGCUUUCCAAUUAAUCCAGUACCAGAUGCGAAUGAGUUCUUCGCAUAUGAGAAUUGGGAUGAGCUCAGAUCAGUUGUAGAGUUUGCUUAUGAUCCAUCACUUAUGUAAAUAUUUGUCUAAUUAUAGUCAUGUCACAUAUGGAUUGCACUAGUUAUGCAGUGUUUUUUAAAUCACUUUAUUAACUUAAUGCUUUGGAGUGGAAGAAGCUGAUCUGCCAUGGUGUUCAUAAGUCCUGACUGAAGCUACAGACUCUAUGUUUGCAAUUCCAUGGUCAAAAGUUCUAUUGCUUAACAGGUGCAAGUUUUACUUAAAAGAAGUUAGAAUUCUCUUUGACUUGAUAAAUAUUAUCUUAUUCUUGUCUUUGUAUUCUCUUUUCAAAGUAAGCUUUAUUUCCUUUGACCAAGAAUCAACGUGGAUUGGAACCAUU